GCUACCAAGUUUUCGAUAGUCACCAGUUACAAACAUAUUAGUUAGCUAGCUAGUUCUUUAAGGAGAAAACGGCUGCAGACAAAUCUGCUAUGGGCACUGGACAGAUGGAAAUCAGUACACUAGAACCAGUGAAGCCGGCUGACGCUCACGUGAUUCAGAUCGGACAAUUUGCAGUGGAACAAUUAUACCACGGCCGGCAGCUUUUCGUUGCCGUGCUUGGCGGAUUCACGGGGAGCGGUGAUAAAGGUAAAAACUACUACCUGAUCAUUGAAACUCGGGAUAGUGUCGGCGCCACAUAUCGCAAUAAUCCACGUGUUCUUGAGACCCCCGAUGGAGGCUUGAAACUCAUCAGUUCACCAGAACCAGUGACGCCGGCUGACCCUCACGUGAUCCAGAUCGGACAAUUUGUAGUGGAACAAGCUCACCACGGCAAGCUGCUUUUCGUCGCCGUGGUUGGCGGAUUCACGUGGAGUUUUACUGGAGGCAAUUACUACGCACUUAUCAUUGAAAAUCAGGCUAGCGACGGUGCCACAUAUCUCCAUAAAGCACUUGUUCUUGAGACCCCAUGUGAAACGAAACUCAUCUGGCACAAGAAAUAAGCAAGCACUGCUGUUGAUCAACUGAGGAUCAACGACUUUAAGUACUCUAAUUAUCCAGUGUCUUUGGUGUGGUUUUCAGUUUCCGCAUGGAUGAUGUACUGCUGGCAUGCACACAUCUACCUGCUGUUGUACUAGUAUGUAAUGUAAGGUGCACUUCUACCAACAAAAAUGCACCGUUAAAUAAAAAGAUCCGUCUGUGUUUGAGUUUGUGUCUUGUAUUAGUAUGUCAAAGGUGCAUUUAUACGAACAAAAAUGCAUCAUUACAUAAAUAAAAAUAGCAGUCUGUGUUUGAGUUUGU